CACUCUCGCAUUAUAUAAUGGUGGCUGCUUGAAGUCCGAAUUUUAUUCUUUCGAUCGCAGCAAGAUUAUAAAAAUGUCUGUUGGUAGAUUAAUUACACGUACCUUUUCCACGUCAACUGCCGUGCAGCAGAUGGUGAAGCCUCCACUUCAAGUUUUUGGAAUAGAAGGCAGAUAUGCCACAGCUCUUUUCUCAGCUGCAACUAAACAAAAGGCUUUGGAUGCAGUGGAGAAGGAUUUAAUCAGUUUUCAGGGUCCCCUAAAGAAAGAUCCUAUACUGAUCGACUUUAUAAAAAAUCCUUCGAUAAAGCGAAAAGAUAAGGUGGAAGCUUUUAAAGCCAUUGGAAAGAAAAAUGGCAUGAAUCCAACCACUGAAAACCUGCUAGAAUUACUCGCAGAGAAUGGCAGAUUGGUGAAACUCAAUGCAAUAAUCAAUUUGUACAAGUUACUUAUGGCUGCUAACAGAGGGGAAGUAGUAUGCGAAGUAAUUACCGCAAGUCCACUUGAUGCCGAUAUGAAGACGAAAUUGGAAUCUACAUUGAAACGUUUAUUGAAGAAGGGUGAAACCGCUUUACUCACUACCAAAGUAGAUCCCUCUAUCAUUGGCGGUAUGAUAUUAUCAGUAGGUGACAAAUAUGUAGACAUGAGCAUCGCUAGUAAAAUUAAAAUGUACACUGAUCUCAUUGAAACUCCAGCGUAAUACAGCAUAGCGGUAUGAAGGAAUGAAGUAAAAUGUUGCAUACUCAUAUACAUAUAUUCGAGUAUUAUGUAAAUUAUCGAGCAGAAAUAAAGCUAUAAUCAAGUAACCUAAA